AAUUAAAUAAUAAAAACGACAAAAAACCACCAUAAAACGACAAAAAUUUUAAUGAUUUUUUUCUUUAACAAAUAAAUCUUCAAAAUAAAUUAAUAUUAAUUAAGCACACGAGUUAUAAUAAAAAAAAAAAACGAAAAUAUUUUUAAAAAAUUUCUAAAGAGUUUUCUAGAGUCCCACAUAUAAUCGAGUGAUAACAAAACAAAAUAAAAAACGCUAUAAAAAAGUAUUAAAAAAUAUAAGAAAAUUCAACAAAACCCUAAAAAAGUAAAAAAACUAAAUAAACAACAAAAGAAAUUAUUAAUUAAUAAUAAAAAAGUAUAAAAUUAUAAGUUAAAUAAUACCUCACCAAAAAAAAGACAUACAUGUUAGGCAUAAUUUAUUAAACAAAAACCAAAAUAAUAAUAGAAAAAUUAAUGAAAAUUUGUAAACAAAAACAUUAAGAGUUUUAACUUCAAUCUUCAAUAUUUCAAAACAGUAUUUGAAACAAAGUUAAAAAAAACUUCUUUGAAAAACUAAGUAACAUCUACUACUGUUCAGGUCGUUAAUAGCAGUACAACAACACGUGUUGAAAAGAAAUCACGUUUACAUCACAUUACGUCCUCUUCCUCCUCAUCGUCCUCUUCAUCCACCUCCACAGAAAUGAAAGCGGCAGCACUGAAACGCGAUAUGAGCGAAUUUAAAAAUUCCAUGUCAGAAAUCAAUGAUUUGGCCUUGGGCCGCAAUAACACACCCGCCCUAACGGGAUCAACGGGGACCUUAAGUCAUCAGCCACCCUCCAUUAACGAUCUCAGCAAUUUAAAUGCCCUCAAUAGUUCAGAUGCCAUAAAUAAACUUAAGAAAAAAUUACGCUCCUCUCUGGAGAAUAUUGUUGAUGGCAAUAGUGAACCUCAUAUAACAUUUCCCGAUGAUCAUGAACACGAUGACGAUCAUAUGAAUUUAGAUAUGGAUUUAGUGAAAGCCUCCAACCAAUUGGCAGCAAAUGGUUUGAGCGGUUCGAAGGGCACACUAGUUGACACCGUGAAGUUCGAGGAGAAACGCACUAAAACAGAAUCAAAAACGAAAGUAGUGGCGGAUGGUUUUAGUUCGGAACAGGCCACUAGUAAUUUGGCCGAAAGCAAACGUUUACAGACAGGUGAUAUUGAUUAUCAACAAGCUAAGGCGGCGGCUGCCUCGAGAAAUCGCAUGGAGGUUGAUGGUGUUAAGACAGAGGAAAAUGCUGCUGUUAUACAUGAAGCUCUCUCUUUGCGUGCCGGAGAUGUUACCCAACAGGCUAGCAAUAACGUGGCCGCCGCUAGUAUUAAAGUUCAAAGUGAUACCUUUUCGGCUGACAAGAAGGCCAUCUCUCAGUCGCAGCAAUCACAGACAAUGACCUCGAAUGGCAUUAUCAGCCAGGAGAAACAUGUCUCAUCGGCCGCGCAGGCCAAUUACAGCAUGACCAGCAAGGGUGUUUCCAGUUCUGGCGGCAGUACCAUGAUCUCUUCCUCUUCACAAAUGUCCACCACUAAUGGUAAUCUUUUUAAAUUAGCCGAUUUCCGGCUGGAUGAUCUAAUGCAGCUAAGUUCCACCAGUGGUCAGAAGGACAUCGAACAGGCCAUUAGCAAGUACUCCAAUAUGUUGACUUCAUGUGUCAACUCACUGCAAGAUAAGAAAGCCACCUCCGACGAUACCAUGUAUUUGGAUAAAAUCAAUGAAGUUAUACGCAGAGCCUGGGCUGUGCCCACUCAUGGUCAUGAAUUGGGUUAUAGUUUGUGUAAUUCUUUGCGCAAUAGUGGUGGUCUAGAUUUGCUCAUGAGAAAUUGUGUCCAGGGGGAUAUGCAAAUCAAAUUCUCCUCAGCCAAAUUGCUAGAACAAUGUUUGACCACCGAAAAUCGUACUCAUGUGGUAGACAAUGGUUUAGAUAAGGUAGUUAAUGUGGCCUGUGUUUGCACCAAGAAACAAAGUAUCGAACAUUCACGUGUGGGUACUGGUAUAUUGGAACAUCUCUUCAAACACUCCGAGGGCACCUGUUCGGAUGUUAUUAAACUGGGUGGUUUGGAUGCUGUGCUAUUCGAAUGCCGUACCAGUGAUGUAGAGACCUUGAGACAUUGUGCUAGUGCCUUGGCCAAUUUAUCGUUGUAUGGUGGUGCCGAGAAUCAGGAAGCUAUGAUUUUGCGCAAGGUGCCCAUGUGGUUAUUCCCUUUGGCCUUCCAUAAUGAUGACAACAUUAAGUAUUAUGCCUGUCUGGCCAUUGCGGUUCUAGUCGCCAAUAAGGAAAUUGAAGCUGAAGUUUUAAAAUCCGGCUGCUUGGAUUUGGUAGAGCCGUUUGUGACUUCUCACGAUCCCUCGGAAUUUGCCAAAUCAAAUUUAGCUCAUGCUCAUGGUCAAAGUAAACAUUGGCUACAACGUCUAGUGCCUGUGCUCAGUUCAAAUCGUGAAGAAGCUCGUAGUUUGGCAGCUUUUCAUUUCUGCAUGGAGGCGGGCAUUAAACGUGAACAGGGAAACACCGAAAUUUUCAGCGAAAUAGGAGCUAUAGAGGCUCUUAAGACCGUAGCCAGUUGUCCCAAUGCUAUUGCCUCCAAAUUUGCCGCUCAAGCUUUGCGCCUCAUAGGCGAAACAGUACCCCAUAAACUCUCGCAACAAGUACCUCUCUGGUCGGUGGAAGAUGUUCAGGAGUGGGUUAAACAAAUCGGUUUCGGACAAUUCGUCAAACAAUUCGAAGAAUCCCAAGUCGAUGGUGAUCUGCUGCUAAAACUCAACGAAAAUAACCUACGUGAUGAUAUUGGUAUUUUAAAUGGCAUACUGCUUAAACGUUUCGAACGUGAACUACAAAAUCUCAAACGUAUGGCUGAUUAUUCAUCGAAAGAUACCGCCAAACUGCAUCAUUUUCUAUCGGAAAUUGGUCCAGAAUAUUGUACCUAUACCUACUCAAUGGUUAAUGCGGGCAUAGAUAAAAACUCUUUGCCACAGCUAAAUGAAGAUAUGUUGAUACAGGAGUGUGGCAUCAAGAACUCCAUACAUAGACUGCGCAUUCUGAAUGCGGUUAAGAGUUUGGAAAAUACCAUACUCUCCUCAUCGGAGGAUAGUAUGGCCAAGACUUUGGAUGUAUUUGUUAGUUAUAGACGUUCAAAUGGUUCACAAUUGGCCAGUUUACUUAAGGUCCAUCUACAAUUACGUGGCUUCUCCGUGUUCAUUGAUGUUGAACGUUUGGAGGCUGGAAAAUUUGACAAUGGUUUGCUAAACAGUAUUCGCCAAGCGAAAAAUUUCGUUUUAGUAUUAACACCAAAUGCUCUCGAACGUUGUGUCGAUGAUAAUGAAUGCAAAGAUUGGGUACAUCGAGAAAUUGUAGCCGCUUUAAAUUCAAAUUGUAAUAUUAUACCCAUUAUUGAUAGUCAAUUUUUUUGGCCAGAACCCGAGCGUUUACCCGAAGACAUGCGUAGUGUUUGUCAUUUUAAUGGUGUAACGUGGAUUCACGAUUACCAGGACGCCUGCAUCGAUAAGUUGGAAAGAUUUAUGCGCGGCGAAAAGAAUAUUGAUCGCAUAGCAGCUAUGACACCCGGUACGCCCGGUUCGACGGUGAAUUACCAAAGAAUGCACAGCAAUGAUUCGGAUUAUAGUGUGGGCGGCAGUAAUGCUGGCGGCAGUAAUUGUGGCACAGGCGGCAAUGGAGGAUCAUCGAAUGGCGGCGGACAAGCAGCUAAUCACCAGGCAAAUAGAUACCGGCAAUCAGCAUCACCGGCUCGUCAACGUUUGGCAGCGGGCGGAGGCAGUUUAUUAAGCAGUUCUGGAAAGUUAGGCAGCACUGGUAGUCAGCUGAGUGUGUUUGGCCGUAAUUCUAAGCGUAAUAUGUUGCCACCCUAUCGCACUCAUCAAACAGCGGUUCAUAAAGCUUUGCCUAUAGGUGGCUCCAUGCAAAAUGUUUCACCUUUGGCUUAUAAGCCUCCCCGAAGAAGUUCUGCUGUGGGCAUAUGCAAUGAUAAUAAGGAUAAGACUUCAUCUAACUAUAGAAGCCACAGUGUAGAUGAGUUGCUGGAUAAUAGUGAGAGCACGGAUAAGAAGAUAGCAGAGGCUGCUGCCUUAGUAUCGGCUGGUAGUUUGGCUUUAACUAAUGUCAGUUCCACUAGUACUCUACAGCCCAAUGAAGACUAUAACUGUUCGGUAGCUUCAAUAACCGAACUAGAAAGCAGUCCAGUAUUAGUGCCACGACGAGAAAAGUCAGCCAAUCUACCACCCAUUAAUCCUCAGCAUCGUAAAUCCCGUAGUCUUGAUCAUUUUCUCGAUGAACAAACUUUGGCUGCCAUAGUAGUGCCACCCUCACCCACAGAGGGUACACAAAGUAUGCAAAAUCUUGCCACACCCAUGACACCCGAACCCAUACGUUCUAGUAUAGCUAAAGCCAUUACCAAUCUACCGGUGCGUGCCGCUUCAGUGCGAGACUCAAAAUCCAUAACACCCGAUCGUGUAACAGCCCUGCGUACUAGCCCCUCUAAUCGUCAGAGUCCAGAGGGUAUUAGUUCUACCGAAGAUGAACGUGAAGAUAGCCAAAGUGUUAAGUCCGUUAAAACGUCACAAAUUAAAGCCUCCGCCCCUAAAAGUCAGACAAGAGCAGCAGCCCAUAUACAUCGUGGCAAUAGUGCGAGUAGUGGACGUGUGGGUAGUGCGACGGCGGCGGACCAAACGAAUCGGGUAUCGAAAACUACUUCCAGCAGUUCUUUGGGCUCGACCAGCGGCUCCAAUAGUCCGAAUAAUAAAACCAUUUUCAAUCGAACGAUGAAAAAAGUUCGAUCGCUGAUCAAAAAUAACGAUAUUGAAGAUGAAGAACUUCCUGAUAUAAUUUUAUCAAAAGCUACUGCUCCUUCACCAGGACGCAUGUUAUUUUGGUAGUUUUAUUUUGACAAAAGCAAAUAGCUCUCCCCCACCUGUACAAACAAAAUUUAGAGUAUUAUUUAAAUUAAAAUUUAAAAUUAAUUUAAAAUUAAAACGAUUUAAACGAAAUUUAAAAAGCAACGAAAUGCGAAAUUUAUAUUUUAAGAACGUAUUUUAUUUUUAAAU